AUCAGUGAGAUCAGUAUUUACCACAGAGUGAAGCUCGGGGUUGGUCUGAAGCAACCAGGCGCUGGCUCCUGCCACCUGCUCAGAUACACAGUGUGAACAUCCAGAUUCUGUGGGAACAUCAUGGGAAACUGCACUGCAGGGAUAACGAAGAAAAGGAAAGGGGAUUCUGCACCAGAUGAUAAAAGCAACACAGAUAAUAAGCCUAAGGAGGAUGUAACGUAUGCCUCCAUUGACCACAGCACUGCCAAAAAGUCAAGAAGAACCAGAGCGACCACUGACGAUGAUUGUGACUAUGCAACAGUUAAUAUCCCAGCAGCACUUCAACCUGAGUCUGAGACCUCAUCUAAAGACGAACGUGAAGACGAUUAUGUACUCAUGGGGUAAAACGCAACAAGAGAGGAAGUCCAUUCAGGCUGUGGGAAGAUCAUCAUCACAAAGGCCAGAAAGUCACAUUUCAUAAUGGUUUGGAACAACUCGUUUGCAGGUGAACUGAAAGGUUUCCUGUCGAACCGUUAAUCAAAUCUUGUUCUUCAGUGAAGAAACUGUGACAAAAUGAAGCAAAAAAAUCAUCCACAGUCAGCAGCUGGUUGUGGAAACGCCAAGCCCCACGCACACAACUGUGGUGUACCUCCCUCAGGAGGACAAACUUUUAUCACAUUUGAGCUUCUUACAAGGGAAACGCCACCUCAGGAGGAGAAUCUGCAGCUCUGGAGUCCUGAAACUUUUAGCUCAUUAUCUGGAAACCAUUAGUCUAACUGGAAUUUUGGUCUAUCUUUAGAGUCUUAGUAGAAGAAUAAUCGUAACUCCAAAACGGCAAAUCCAGCAGCUCCUGCCAUGCACCACUCUGGUUACAAAGUGACCUGAAUGACAGAAUUUUAAAGUGAAAGUGAACUUGUUCUGUGCCCCAAAUUCAUCCUCCAGGUUCAAAGCAGGGUUUUUAGCAUGCAGCGUGUUCACGCUGGAAAAGUGACAAAAUGACGUUUACGCAGAGCACAGUACACAGACGACACAGUCGAUCUUUGAGUGUGCUGUUGAUGGACACUAUUCUCCCGCAAUGCAAUUCAAAAAGGAAACAGAGGAUCAGCUCAUAGCUACGCUAAAGAAAUUUUCAUCAGUUAUGGAUGGUGGUGAAACAGUUCCAAAUACGUAUUAAAUUGUUGGAGCAUUUUGCUUUCUCUUUGUGAGGUUUAACUGACUCUACAGCGUUCCAAAAUCGCAGUUUGAUUUACAUUUGUGUCAUCCUCUGCUUUCCCGAUACUAAUACAGCAUACUUUGAUGACUAGUCUGAGGUACAUACAACACAGACUAUGGAUAAAGUGUGAUAUUUGCACCCAUCUUUGGUGUUUGGGCUUGAAGAAUGUUUGUAACUCAUGCAAGAAGGCUUAUAUGUUUUGAACACCUCCAAAACAGCGAACCCCGUCGCUUCUGUUAUUUACAGAAUGGCCUGAUAAGCUGAGGAUCUUAAAGCCACGUUGUGUUGAAUAUCUUUAUAAUUCUGAUGAAACGUUCUGUUUGUGGAGAAAUUAGCCUUUAAAAAUUGGUGCAUUCAGUGUGUUGCUUUCACUGUCAGUGGGUGCGUGGGUUUGUUCCACCAUGAAAGGAAAAGAACAGCUCUGUGACCCUGUAAACACAACGUGACUUGCCUUUGACUCGUGAUAUGGUUUUCUACCACAGAUGAAUGAUCUUUAUCUACAGUCAGUGGAAACAGAAGCAAAUCUUUGCUCCACCUUAAACCAAAGUUACAGAUGUCGAAACGUCACUCCAGGUUAAGCCUCAGCCAGCCUUUGCUCAUGUUUAUAUGUCCAAACUUAAAACCUAACUCAUUGUUCACAUGAUGAAAUGGCAAUAUUGUGUAUGUGCAAUUUUUUUGCAAUUGCCAAAAUACGAUGGAAGGAUGUAAUGUCUGCAACACGUACCUUAAUCUGCAAUUCAGAGGUUUUUUCUCAUUUUGCAACUCUGUGAUCCUGAGAAUUGCUGCAACCACCCUCAAGUCUUAAAUAGAAAUUCAAGAUAUCUUAAAUAGAUAUUUAAGACUUGAGAAUUAUCAAUAUUUAAGAGUUGAGAAUUUAUAUUCUUUAUAUUUUGUACAUGUAAGCAGGAAAUGUGCACAUUUUUGUCCAUGCCUGUGUCUACAGAGUUAUUUAUAUGUUUGACUGGAUGCAAAUGAAAUUGUAGAGGAAUGCAGUUUACUGUAUGUUACCUUUGUUUCCCUGUGUGGUUUAUUGGUCUUUUUUAUUGAUUAAAAGUUUACAAA